ACAUCACACCAGGCUGGAUCUUGACUCCUGAGUCAUGACAAAUCUCUGUUACAUAUUAAAUCCUAUCAGCAGCACAGGUGGUUCACAAACACAGUUUUCACACCAGAUUUUUGGGUUCAUUCCCCUCAAAAUCACAGGUUUGACUAUGAUGUGUUUUUCUCCAUUUUGUAUCUUCCCUCUUCUCAGUAAUCUCUCUCUCUUAUGUUUCCUGAACAGAUUCAGGAAUCUUACUUACUUCUAAGAAGAGGGCAAAAGCUGAAGGUUUCUUAUUCUUUCUUUCUUAUCAAAUUCAAGACAGCAACAACAGUAUAAAGAGUGGGAAAUGCUCACAAAAGGCCUCCGAUGUUGGAAAAGCACAAGCAUGUGAAUGCUACACAGACAGGCUAAGGUCAAGGGUCAUGCAACACCCUGGCUGCGAUUAUUUCCCAUCUGCAACUGUUUUAACAAUGCAACAGCAAAUGUGCUCAUGUGCACCAGUAUGACUAUAACGUUGGACACAUCUUGUGCAACACGUCUGCUCUCGUUCAUUCAUUCAUUCAGCUGCAGCUGGUUGAGACUAAGUCAGUUUUGCAACACUGCCUCCAUGUCAGCAUACACUCAUUAUGCCGGGAUUACAGUCACAGCGCUUUAAAAAGCAACACAAUUUCCCCCCUAACACUCCUGAGAAAACACAGUCUCCACCAAAUCCACCAAAUCAAAUGUGCUCCCCAAGAAAACGGCAGCCCAGCAAAUAAAAGGAGAAUAAAGGGGUCACUGAACAAAGAAUGCUUUGAACGGUCAUAAUUACAUCACAGAGAGGUGGUUUGAUUGGGCCGGACACUUUCAGGUUUAGGAAGCCGGCUCAGGAGCCUCUUUGGUAGGAAACAUAUUAAGCAUGAGCCUUGUGAAAACAAACAUGACUGAGUUGCUGAUUUGCUAAUCCUUUUUUAACCAUCACAAUCGCUAAAAUCAGGGGUGACUAGUGGAGCAUUCACAAGCUGAUGACUGAGACCUGAAAGAGUUAACAACCAAUCACCAGACACAAAAACAAGGCGUGGACACACACACACAAAAUGCUUUAAAGGUUCUACUGUCCAUUAAGGGAAAGAUGCUGCUCAUUACAUGUCACAUCUAUAAUAUGUGUGAGGGGCCCUGAGGGACCCAAAUGUCCCCAAGCCGCAACCAUCACACUGACUCAACAGCUCAAGAGGAUUUAAUUUCGUGUGGUGCAUAUGACAUGACGUCAUCGAAUAAACAGUCACUAUAUCUUUAAUUUUGUUUAAAAAAAAAAUGUUUUGCGCCACCACACUGACGAUCACCGCCGCCCUGUUUCCCACAGCUGUCUUGAUUUGUGCGGAGCGGCAGCUGCAGGCCCGCUCCUGGGUUUGGUUUCACACGGACAUCAUGGGCAGAACUUAAGGCUUUGAAGCUGAGCUUGAUGUGCCGACAACAAAGAGACUUUCAGCCUGAGCGCCUGCGACAGCCUGGUGGUGAAGCCAGUUCUGGAUGCACUGAAGACCCUUGUGCAGAUCAGUAUGGCUUCCUGCUACUGACAGUGAAGUGGAACUCUCAAGUGAGAGCUUUUUAAGGACCAGAAAGAGCCCACAUUUGUUCCUGCGCACACCAGCAAAGAUGAACUUCUUAUGACCUCUCCAUUAAAGUUGAUUGUUCUUGAUGACAGCUUCAACUUCCACAUCCAGCAUCAGUUACGCGUUCACUCUUCUGAAAGGUACUCUGACAUUUUUCUGCUGGAUGAAGGCCUCGAAAAAGACAAAAUCACUCAGCAACCCUGCAGCUAUAAAGGAGAUGAAGAGGCAGAAUGGGCCACACACAAGCACGCUUCAGAAGAAUGGAUACGACCUCCCAUCCCAUGAUGCCCUGGCACAGAUACUACCAAAUGACCACCACCUUUCCAAGGUAGCUAAGCCAGAGCUCCACAGGGCAGCAAAACAAGAGCCGGACAGACCAGCCAAGAGGCUGGAGGCCAUACAGGUCGACAAACCCGACAUAAAUCACACAUAUCAAGUACAUCAGCCACAUAAACGAACCCCUCUGCACGACUUUGAGGAUGAUCCCAACAUGGAAGAGAUUACCCACCUACAAACUAAGGAGGUUGAAAACUAUCGUUCAGCCAUGAGUAGGAUGGCAGAGGACAUCAUAGCGCUGAGGACGCAGGUGGUGACGUUGGAGGCAGAAAACAGCCAGCUCCGCAUCAAUCUGUCUCUGCACCAGGACCUUGGCCGAGACCUGCUGCAUGACACAGACAUCGACGUCAUGACCAAGGCUGAGAUUGCCGACCGCAUAGCCUCGCUGAAAUUCAAGCUUGCCAGUGAAACCAGUAAGGCUGUGUCUCAAAGGGACAGAAUCCAGCAGCUGCAAAAUGACCUGAUAAAGAAGAAUGACAGUGAGAAGGAGCUCCUAAAACUUCAGAGAGUUCAUCAGCAGCAGCAGAAGGAUCUGCAGCAACACCAGAGUCACUCGGCAAAGAUGGCAACUUUGGAGGCCACAGUGAAACAGCAGGAAAAGGUCAUUGAGAAGAUGGAGAGAGCAUUAGACGACAAACUCAGCGAAAAUGAUAGACAGACUGGCGACAAAAGGAUGGCGGUGAAAAAGCAAAGAGGUGAGACUGACCACAGAAAGGAGGAGGUAGUGUCGGCACUGGCAGCAGAAAACACUCGCCUGAGAGCUGAGCUGGACAGGACUCGACAGCAGCCGGCCCCCGUCAUUAUACAGCAGUCAGCGCAGACAAAGGAUGCACUGCCAUUCAAGGAGAGACUGAGUUUACUGAACAAACUGGAGAGAGCUGAGUCGAGAGUCCAAACACUGGAGGCUCAGCUGGAGGAGAACUCAAAAUCAUGGGGGAGACAGAAGCAGGAAAUGUUGACAAAACUGAGUGAGCACAGGCAUGGCUUUGUCCGGACGUCUACUGUAAUCCUUCAUAAUGUUCCUUCGAGGUCUGUAUCAGAAUCAUUGUAUCAGAAAAGCAGACAGAGGAAGCAGAAGGCCACAAAAUGACCUGCAAAUGAACUACUGAAUCAUUUACCCGUCAUCAGCUUAUGUGAGCAGACUCUGUUUCCAGAGAUUGUUACUUGUUUUUGGUGGAGAGAGGACAGGCAAUGAGAUGAGGCCCCUCAAACACGCAUAAAAUCACAUCUUCUGGACCAUCGUGGAAAAUCCUUCAGGUCAAAUCAAGAAAAGAAUCCCACAGUCCAGCAGAGUUAAAGAACUGAAACAAAUCAUCCACAGGCUUAUACCUAUACAGACGGCGAAGGUCUCAUUUGCCACAUCACGUUAUAAUCCACUCACACGUGGCCAAUAAACAAGUGAUUAAUACAUGUAAGAUGCUGCAAAUCACAACAUAGAAACCCUUUAAUGUUUAAAAUGAGACAUUUCAUUCUUAUGAAAAUAUUCAGAUGUUAAAAUCUGUAGUACAAUUAAACAUUGCAAGAUA